AUGGUUGCCAUUAUGCAAUCUUCAACACUUUUUUUGCUUACUCUCGGUGCUACAUUCAACGCUGUAUCCAAAGCAACCAAUUUACAACAAGCGCACCGCGACCUUAGUGACACCACUUACUCCCAGAAGGAUGAGUUAGCCACUGCUCUACUGGCUCGGGUCAAUAAAGAGCGCGUCGCUCAUGGAUUGCCGGUGAUCUGCUCGAACAAAAAGCUACAAGCUGCAGCACAGCGUCAUGUCAAGGAUCAGUCAAAGUCUGACUUCAUGUCGGACUUCGGAACCGACGACUCAACCCCCGAAAAGCGUGUAAACGACGCUGGCUACAAGUGGGAACGUCUAGCGGAGAACAUUGACUCGACAAACGCCGAUGUAGAUGCUGUCGUGGACUGGUGGAUGAAGACCCAGAGUCGUGACAACCUCUUGGGAAACUUCACCAUGAUAGGAUCGGCGUACGCGUACAAUGAAAACACGUCCAGCAAGUACUUCUGGGUGCAGGUGUAUGCUACGGGUAGUUUAGAGGAGUGUGAUGGGCAUAAACCAGCUAUAGAUGUUCGCGCAUGUUUAUAG